UAGACUGAGACGUAACUAUAAGAGUUAAACCUGCUAUAUAAAUUUACACUGAAAUCUCGAAAAACAAAGAUGGAUGAAGAAUCUGAACAUAAGUGUAAAAGGCCAGCAUUUAGGAAAACAAAAGAGAGAAGCGACAGCAUGAUGCUACAACGUACAGAGUCUGCUGAGGACUGUGAGAUCCACAGAAAAAGUAUCAGGGCCUCUAUGAUGGCCGGAACCUCAAGAAGCUGCCAGGACCAGAUCAGAAAAAAGAGGAUACUGAAGAGGAAGAUGAUGGAAGAAAAAGAAGAAGGUUCAACACCGGCCAUGUGUAGGAAGGAAGAACCCCAGGAGCAGGUUCCAACCAGAGAGGCUUCCUCCUCUGUGGACAUUCUAAUAGAGAUCAGCAGCAGCAGUAUGAUGCCACAGUGUGACGAGUCUAUUGAAGACAGGACACCAAAGAGAAGGAAAAGGGUUAAAAAAGAGACCCGCAGAAAAUGGACCAGGGUAUCGAAGAUGUUCGGACCAUCCAAAAGCCACCAGAACCAGACGAGGAUUGUGAGGAGACUGAAGAGGAAAAUAACAGAAGAAGGAAAGGGAUCUCCAACACCGGCCGAGAAGAAGAAUAAGGGACUCCUGCAGCAGGUCAUAACCAAAGAGCCCCCAUCCUCAGUGGACAUCAGCACAGAGAAAAGCAGCAGCAUGAUGCUACCAAGUAGUGAGCCUGCUGAGGACUGCAGACCAAAUAAAAAGAGAAAUUCUGGAGAUGAGAUCCACAGAAAAAGAAUCAAGACCUCUGAGAUUGCUGGAACCUCAAGAAGCUGCCAGGACCAGAUCAGAAACAGGAGGUUACUGAAGAAGGAAAUGACAGAAGGAAAAGAAGAAGGUUUAACACUGGCCAAGUGUAGGAAAGAAGAAUUCCAGGAGCAUGUUCCAACCAGAGAGUCUUCCUCUUCAGUGGACAUCCUCAUAGAGAUCAGCAGCAGCAGCAUGAUGCCACAGAGUGCCGAGCCUAUUAAAGACAGCACACCAAAGAAAAGGAAAAGGGUUAAAAAAGAGACCCGCAGAAAAUGGACCAGAGUUUCUAAGAUGUUCGGACCAUCCAAAAGCCACCAGAACCAGACAAGGAUUGUGAGGAGACUGAAGAGGAAAAUAACAGAAGAAGGAGAGGGAUGUCCAACUCCGGCCGAGAGGAAGAAUAACGGACUUCUGCAGCAGGUCGUAAUCAAAGAACCCCCAUCCUCAGUGGAUAUUAGCACAGAGUCCAACAGCUCCAGCCUGGUACUUUGUAGCUCAGGAAUAGGCGAUUUACAGAAGAGGAAUCUGAAGAGGGAGGAUGAGGACAUGGAGGAACCACAGCUGAGGAAUAAGAGGAAGAAGACAAAAGAAAAAAUGGAUGCCCAAAGAGCUGAAUUCCUGGAAAAAUAUACUGAGCUGGAUCUACUGGGAAAAGGAGGCUAUGGAUCUGUGUUUGCUGGAUAUCGAGAGGUGGAUAAAUUACCUGUGGCUAUCAAACACAUCCCAAAUGAAAAGGUGGGCCGCAAAUAUAAGGAUGAGAAUGGUAGGGAGAUGGCGUUGGAGGUGGCCAUCAUGUUGAAGAUGAAGAAUAUAACUACCAGUUCAUCAGGGCAGUUAGCCACGGUGUCCCUGCUGGACUGGUAUGAGCUGGAGGAAGAGCUGCUCCUAGUGAUGGAGAGGCCCAUGCCGUCAGAGGACCUCAAUGUCUUCCUUGAUGAGCAUGAAGGUUGUCUAAAUGAGGAGGAAGCCAAGAUAAUAUUAAAACAGCUGGUGGAAGCAACGAUUCAACUUCAGGAUGCAAACAUCUUCCACAGAGAUAUUAAAGUGGAAAAUGUCCUUAUUGAGAGGAGCUCAGAAGGCCUACGAGCCUAUCUCAUAGACUUCGGUCUAAGCUGCUUUGACCAUGGAGGGAAAUUUACCAUCUUCCAAGGCACCCAUGCUCUUGAAUCACCAGAAUAUCGCACACAAAAGAAAUAUUCUGCUGGACCCACAACAGUGUGGCAGCUGGGAGUGAUCCUGUUUGAAAUUCUCCACGAUAAGAAUUUUGAGACCAACAGCUUUCUCAAAAAGAAGCUGAAAAUCAGCAACAGGCUUUCCAAAAACUGCCAGGAUAUUCUGACUAGGUGCCUGAAGAAACGCCCAGAGGAGCGUCCCACGCUGGAAGAACUACUCAAUCACCCAUGGUUUUCUUAAACUACACAUCACACAAACAUUAAAAUAUUAAAUGCAA